ACCGUCGUUUGUUGGUUGUCGUACUGUACUGUCAGGUACUGUCAGUCUGCUGCGGUCUGCUUUUAUUUCCUGUCAUUCAGUUUGAAGAGAUUGCAGAUUUACAGAAUAAGAACAGAAUGACAAGAAAGCCAUGUGCGGUAGCAGUAAGUUGCUGUUCGAAACCUGCAUGUGAAAUCGUAAAAUUGAUUGUAAAUGACGAGGAGUUCAACCAGUCUUCUGAUCUUGAAAAUGGAAUAGUUGCCUACCCCUGGCACAUUGAUACAAAGUAUUACACGGCAGACGUCCAUGUCUGCACUUUGCAGGAUAAAAACCUGGGAACUACUGAAUUUGCUGAAUCUGUCCAAGCUGUUAUCAUCUAUUUUGAUAGCAGAAAGAACGAGGGGCUUAUUGAUGUUCAGCAAUGGGAACCAUUCAUUAAUGAAUUUGACCCAGACAUCCGCAUUCUGCUUUGUGAGAACUGUGAAGAAAAUCCAUCAACAGGCAUCAGUAAACUUACAGCUCAAGAAUGGUGUAUAGCAAGAGGGUACGAAUUAGUAGAACUCAAUCCUUCAAAAGAUGAAGAGUGGGAAGAGGACCAGGACUUUUUGGAAACUACAGGCGCUCCUCGUAUUCUACAGGCUUUACACGCUCAUACAUGGCCAGAAUUAAUUAUGAAAGGAGAAUCCAGUAGCUGCUCCCGAAACAUCCAAUCAUUGCUUCUCAAUCCAGGAGCAAAUUUCAGGUCACUUUCUCCAAGUGAUGUUGAUUUCAGUGAGUUGCUUGCCAAUUCGGAGGCAGGAGACGAUGGCCUUAGUCAAGAGCUUCAGAAUCUUCGCUUAAAUCAAGAAGCCCUAGAUAGCGGUCAUGGAUUUGAUCCUAAUAUUCUAGAUGAACCUCCAGAUGGUCUUGGCUCAGGUGGGAAUACAGAUGAUUUCUUUAGGCUUUUCCAAAAUCUAGCAGAUAUGAAAGAAAGAGUAUCAGGCAUGACAACGGAUGACAGGAAAGCCUGUGCUGAACAGGUAGUCAAGGCUUUCUGGCGUGUCAUGGGUGGCGACACCGAAGAGUUGAGUGAUUCUAGUGAAGAUGAAAAAUGAUACUUAUAGACAAGGACAUACAUAAUAUACUCUCAGUUUUUAUUUCAUAUGUGCAUUCCCUUGCUUUUUCUCAAAAUCCAAUAAUCUGCAUCUACUUUAAUUUUUUUCACUGAUGACAAUGAAGGAGUAAAAACAACUUUCUUUCA